CAAGAGAGACCAACCAACAUCUUUGAACGGCAGGACGGACUCUCGCCAUGUCCGACUUGAUGUAUCCGGCAGCUGCCGCGGGCGAGAAGGUAGACCUUGGGCUCGACUCGGUCGCUGAGUCGUCCUUUGUCUCAUGGUUCCACCGCCAGGGACCUAGCCCGGAGGGCACUGUCCGUCUCUUUGACCGCGGAGACUUCUACUCUGCCCACGGACAAGACGCCAAGCUCAUUGCCACGACGUUCUUCAAGACGCAACACGUCCUCAAGAACCUGGGCUCCGGCACCAAUGCACUGCCUUCGUGUACGCUGAGCAUGAGCAACGGAAAGAGCUUCCUGCGGCAGGCUCUUACCAGUCAGCAGCUCAAGGUGCAGAUCUGGGGCGGGGGCACUAAGAAGAGCAACACCUGGACCGUGCAGAAAGAGGCCUCUCCGGGCAACCUCCAAGCGGUCGAGGACCUCCUCUUUGUACAGUCCGAGCUGCUUUCGUCACCCGUUGUCAUGGCACUUCGCGUGCGCGUGCAGGACGGCAUCAAGACGAUUGGUGCUGCCUUUGCCGAUGCGACGAACCGCGACUUGGGUGUUGCAGAGUUCGCUGAAAACGACCUGUUUACCAAUACCGAGUCACUGCUCAUUCAACUCGGUGUCAAAGAGUGCCUGCUGCCAAGCGACGGACCCACACAAGACUAUGACCUCGCCAAGCUUAAGAGUGUUGUCGACCGCUGCGGAUGUGUCAUCUCCGAGACAAGACGUGCUGGCUUUUCUUCGAAGUCAGUCGAACAGGAUCUCAACCGACUCUUGGACGAGGCGUCAUCGGGUAAUGCACUUCCUGAGUUUGGUCUGACGACAUCGAUGGCCUCGAUGGGUGCUCUCAUCGAAUUUCUCGGUCUCUUGCACGACGAGAGCAACUUUGGCCAAUUCCGAAUCAGGACCCACGAUUUGUCGCAGUACCUCCGCCUUGACAACUCUGCACUCCGGGCGCUCAACGUGUUUCCCGACGCAGCCCAAACCGGCAAGAACAUGAGCGUAUACGGCCUAUGCAACCACUGCAGGACGCCACAAGGCCAGCGGCUCCUUGGACAGUGGCUUAAGCAGCCUCUGAUCAACAUCCACGAGAUUCGCAAGAGACAUACCUUGGUCGGCGUCUUUUCGGACGAUCAGCUGCGGAGGACCAUUCAGAACGACAACCUGAGAUACAUGCCCGACUUUCUGCGGUGCAGCAAACGUCUGCAAAAGGGCGUUGCCGGGCUUGAGGACGUCGUCGUCGUCUACAAUGGCGUUCGACGGCUUCCUCAGCUAAGCAGUGACCUCGCUGCAUCAGAGCUUAUGGACGAUGAGGCGAGGGCGCUCGUCGAGGCGACCUUUGUAAAUCCUCUCGGCGAGCUCGACAACGUCCUCGCCAAGCUCGUUGACAUGGUGGAGACCACGCUGGACCUCGACGAGCUGGAGCGCCACAACUACGUCAUCAAGCCUGAAUUUGAUCCGUCACUGGAAGAGAUCCGCGCCAAGGUUGACCGCGUUCGACGGAAGUUGGUCAAAGAGCACAACGAGGUCAAGUCGGACCUCGGCCUCGAUGACAAGGUCAAGCUUGAGGACACGCAGCUGUACGGUCAUUGCUUUAGGGUCACACGAAACGACUCGAAAGUCUUGCAGAAGAAGAAGGGCUACACAGAGCUGGGCACAAACAAGAGCGGCGUUUACUUUACCACGAGGACAGUCAAGGAUCUGUGUGACGAUUACAAAGAAUUCUCGCAAGAGUACAGCCGCAAGCAGAGCAGCCUAGUCAAGGAGGUGGUACAGAUUGCUGCGACAUACUGCCCGCCCCUGGAGCAGCUCAAUGUCUUGAUGGCCACGCUUGACGUGCUCGUGAGCUUUGCACAUGUUUCGACCAACGCACCCAUCCCGUAUACCCGCCCAACGCUCUCUGCAAAGGGGACACACGGCACGCUCAGCAUCAAAGCAGCAAGACAUCCGUGUCUAGAGGUGCAGGACGACAUCCACUUCAUCCCCAACGACACGGACAUGGUCGCCGGCGAAUCGGAAUUCCUCGUGGUCACGGGCCCAAACAUGGGCGGCAAGUCGACAUUCCUCAGGCAGGUGGGCAUCGUCGCCCUUCUCUCUCAGGCAGGGUGCUACGUUCCGGCCGAGGAAGGUGCACAGCUGCCCGUCUUUGACUGCAUCCUCGCACGUGUCGGUGCAGGUGACAGCCAGCUCAAGGGCGUCAGCACCUUUAUGGCUGAGAUGCUUGAGACGGCAACAAUCCUCAAGACGGCCACCGAGGACUCUCUCAUCAUCAUCGACGAGCUGGGCAGAGGCACCUCGACCUACGAUGGCUUCGGACUGGCCUGGGCCAUCUCCGAGUGGAUCUGCACAAAGAUCCGGUGCAAGGCGCUCUUUGCGAGCCACUUUGCCGAGAUCACCAGCCUGGCUGGUCAGCAGCCCAACGUCAAGAAUCUCCACGUCGUCGCCCACGUCACACAGCGGGCGGGGGCAACGAGCAAGCAGGACCGUGACAUCACUCUGCUGUACAAGGUCGAGCCGGGUGUCAGCGACCGGAGCUACGGUAUCCACGUCGCCGAAUUGGCUAAUUUCCCGCCGGCCGUGAUCCGACUGGCCAAGCGCAAAGCCGAGGAACUCGAGGACUUUGAGGACGACGAAGACGACGUCAACCUCAACAACUUCGACCCAGAGACGACCAAGCAGGGCGCCAAGGUCGUCGAAGACUUUCUGCGGGCCUUUGCGCAGCGAUCCAAGCGCGCAAAGGAGUCAGUCGAUGGACAGGGACAGGCAGAGGUGCUGAGGGAGCUCAAGAAGGAGUGGCAGCCGACAUUCGCAGAGAAUGCCUGGCUCAAGGCUUUGGUCGAGGGUUUGUAGAUAAUUGUACACUGCAUGAAAUGAAACAGACCAGGCUCAGUUUACAAAUCGCUGGCUAGACCAGUC